GUAAUCGUCCGAGGUGUACCGAGUACAGCAGAGGGCGAUGUGAGGUUCCACUUGUGUACUUCCGGAUAACAAGUAGCAGUUUCCUGAACAAUAUUAUGUGGCAUAAUGUAGAUACAGAGUGAUACAACAAGUUUAAACGGAAAGUGGAACGUGUUAAUGAUUGAAGAAGGGAGCUUUUUGUUUACAUUUGUCAUAUGCGAGUUGUAGAUAAGCGUACACUUGUAGGGGGUGUCCAUGUCUAGCUGUCUAGGAACAGCCUAAACUUUCACUUUAACCUCCACGUAAAUAUUUUAUUGCAACUUCAUCGUUACUUUGAACUCAUAGAAUGAUGGUUCAGUGGCUUUAAGAGUUGAUUAUUUGUUAAGUUUGAGCAGACAGUUUGCUAAUUGAAACCAAAAUAUAUGCAAUAGUACUUAUAUACAGUAUAUUAACAUGUAUGGCAGUUUCGUAUGUAAAGAAACUGGCUUCAAAAUGAGCGUGACACAGCAUUGAAUGAUUGAGUUAAGAUAAGCCCAUGAAACAUCAGACCCUAUUCUUCCCGUUCCUGUUUUUCUAACUUUUAUCUAGAAUUAAAAUAAACCAGUCAUAAUGAAUUUUGACUUGGGAAACGGAGCUUCUGAUGAUGAGGAGUAUGAUCCAUAUUCAAUGAUGCCCAUCACAAAACUUGUGGCUUUGUAUGAUUAUUCAUAUCAAGAUGAUGAUGGUAGUCUUGUUCAUAUGAGGGCAGGGGAACAGUAUCAUUUAAUCCAAAAAGAAGGAGAUUGGUGGGAAGUAAUAAGAGACGUGGGUAACUCAGACGAUCUCUCCUUUUACGUUCCUGCUAAUUAUGUGCGCAUUGUUGACAGUGACGGAAGUAAUGUUGUGGCCUCAACAAAAACGGAUGAUUCAGGACUCACAUGCGAUGAAGAAAUCAGAUCAGGAAAUAGCACACUAUAUGAAGAUUCCUCUGACCUCUCAAGUGUGCAAGUGACUCCGGAAAAAAAUGUCGGCAAAACAGAAAAUGGAGUUCAGGGAUUAGAUAGCAAGAUGGACUCAAACAGUGAAUUAACUUUUGAGCGAAAACAGUCUACCACUUUCUCAACAUUUGGUAAUCAGACAACAGGAUCGUUAAGUCUUAACACUAAGGUUUCAGAAAACAAAGGAAUAAGGAGAAGUUUUUCAGAUGAAGGAGACUAUGUUAAUUUAGAUGAAUACAGAACAAAGGCUGGGUUGCCUUCAGAGAGAAGAGAUGGAAAAAGGGAUGGGGAAGAUCUUUAUGCCAAUCUUCAGGAUCUCCAAGGAGAGGAAACGAACCAAGCCCCUGAUUCACCACCCCCUGUGGGGAAUUACCUAAAGACCCUGUUAGGAGUGUGGGAUAGUUACCUGGAUCCUGUCACGAAGCGAAUCUUUUACAUCAAUAAAGAAACCCAUGAAAGAACAUUCAAACCUCCGCGGCCCGCAGACAGGCAAAAGCAGGUGCGAAAAAAGUCAUCCCAGUACCCUAAAGAGGUAGAAGCCUUGAAUAGCAGGAAAGUCAGUUUACCAGAAAUCCACGUGAACAGUGAUCCCGCUGUACCUAGUGGAUGGAGGGUGGAGGAUAGUGCCGCUGGCAAAAUAUUUGUCAGUACGACCACUCACGAAAAGUGGGCUUCAAAAGUCAACGAAGACGGCCAACGGUAUUACUUCAAAAUAGAUGGAGAUGAGUCGGCUUGGGAACUCCCUAAGAUUGAUGGAAGCGAGCCUGGUAGCCCUCCCCCUGUGGCCCCCCCACCCACCCGCUCCCCUAGAAGUUCCCCACGGUUAGGACGUUCGGUAAAAGCCCAGUCCCUGGUUAUUGGAAACAAAAUUAACUUUCAGCCCUUUCUGCCUGUUGUUGCGUCUUCACAAAUUCCAAAGUCACAAACUCUGCCUGCCAACAUGUCUACCCCACUAAUAAUGGAAAAUGUUCCAAAUGACCAAAGGAGUACGACUUUAGCCCCACAAAUACAGGAGGGCCUCUCAGGAACUAUAAAGGUUGCCAAAAUCAUGGAUGCUGGAAAGCCAAAGAAAAAAAGCUCAAACCAGAACUAUGUCAAGCUGUCUGGAUCCAAUAUGGUGUUUUACAAAGAUUUAAGGGCAUCAAAAAGUCAGCCUGGAUCACCGAAUGGCAGGCCGGAGUUCAUUGUGCCUUUACACGGAGCAGUAGUGGAAAGACAUGGCAAAGAAAAGGCUAGCAAAAAGAUUUUAAAGCUAACCACAAGUCAGGGAGACCAAUACAUACUACAGUUUGAAGAUGAUAUCAUGCUACAAAGUUGGUUGAAUCAAAUUGAUAAAACUAUUAAAAGUCUGGGAGGUGCAGGAACGGACAUAGCACCACCAUCUCCAGCAUUAACAGUAGACGAACCAAAGGUCAAAAAGAAGCCUUCAUUCAAGACAAGCCCCUCAAAGGAAUCAUUACUAGUACGAAAAGCAAGUGCAAAUGAGGAAGGAAGUUUGGAGAGAGGGAAGUUGAGGACCAAACUUUUUAACUUCAUGAAAUCUAGACCCACUAAGGAGUCUCUUGAGCAAAAGGGCAUUAUUAAAGAUGCUGUUUUUGGAGCUCAUCUUAAACUACUUUGUGAAAGAGAAAAAGGAAAAAUUCCGAAAUUUGUCCAAAAGUGUGUUGUGGCAAUAGAGAAAAAGGGACUUGAACAUGAUGGGAUGUACAGAAUUAGUGGGAACCUUGCUCAAAUCCAGAAACUCAGGUGCCAAGUGGAUCAAGAUCACUACAACCUAGAUGACGAGUGCUGGGACGUCCAUGUCUUGACUGGUUCCCUCAAGUUGUUCUUCCGAGAGUUAAAGGAACCACUUUUUACCUUUGGUGUGUUUGACAGGUUCAUUCCCGCCUUAAGUAAAGAAAAAAACAGUGAUCGUUUAAAGGCAGUGAGAGAAUUGGUCAGCACAAUACCCAAGUAUAAUUACGAAACAUUAAAGUUUCUUUUGGCGCACUUGUGCAAGGUCAUAGAGUACAGUAAAGAAAACAGAAUGCAGGUUCAUAGUGUAGCCAUUGUCUUCGGACCAACGUUAAUUUGGCCAGAGACGGUCACGCCAAACUUAGCUGCCAAUAUGAUAUAUCAGAGCCGCAUCGUAGAGUACUGCCUACUGGAGUAUAAAAACAUAUUUAGGUGAAAAAAAAAGGAAGCAUGACUUGUUCAUUUCAUAUACUCUGUUAUACUUCAUGCUCUCUGUGCUAUAGACAUGUAUGCUGUGUAAUACUUGAGAUUGAAAAAAAAAAACAACCCGAAGUAAGUAAGACUACAGAUGGCGUUACAGAGACGAGGAAUAAUGCUCACAAAGAUAAGGUGGACAGCAGCCAUUCAGACUGUUGUUGAGUUUAGGAAUAGAGAACUGUAUGUUCUUGGCUGUAAAGAAAUUUCAGUACUGAGAAAGCUAGAGAGUGCUCAACAUUUGCCAAAAGGUUGAUGAUGAUUCUACAAAUCACUGUCAUUGUCUGCAAAAUUAUCACAAACUUGUAUACCAAAUAACUACAUCAGAGACGCAUAUACCGCGUAUAUAUUUCUCUGUUUAUAUGCUAUAACUUAAAAAAAUGUUCAAGAACGUUGUUUCAAAAUCAUUGUUUACAGUUAAUGUGCUAACUACCUAUACAUGUACAUAAGAUUCCUUGGUUUUUAUUUCUUCUUGUGUUCAAAUUGCAUGAUUUCAUUUCUUGUUUUCAUCCUUUUUGAAAAUAGAUACAUUUAGUAUCUAGGGUUUCAUAAGAAUUUUCUUCGUUCAGUUUUAGAAAUAUAUAUAUGUUUUUGAAACAUUCCUUUAAAACAUUCCUAUUGAACAUAUUAUUUUCAAAUUAAUAUAUAUAAUUAUAUUUAUAUAGUACUUAUUUCCUGAACUUGAUGAUUAAUUAUGCAUAUUUAAAUUGGUGAUGAUUUCGAGAAUAUUCAGAAAAUAGUACAUGUGUUAAAUAAUGUGAUAUGGAAACAUAUUUUUAUCAUCUUAUUUACCUUUCUAAAUAAAUCUGACCAGUGUUAGAAGUGCAUGGAAAGUUCAAAUGAAGAUUUGCAAAUUUACAACCAUUUGAAAUAUUCAUGUUUCAAAAUGAGAAUUUAAUUCUAUAUCAUUUAUUCCAGUAAAUACAAUGUAAUUUCUGUAUGAAAGAACAGGAAUACACAAAUCACUAAAAUUCCUCCAAGUGAAGUUUUCACAAGUAAAUUAUGAAAUUUACAGUCAAAUCUUGUUAUCUCAAACUGAGAUAAGCUUCGAGAUAUCCUUGGAUUCAAGAUAUUGAGGGUGAGAUACUUCACUUCGACAUAUCCUUGGUAUUUGAGAUAUCAGUGUUUGAGAUACUGAGGUUCAACUGUAUUUUUGCAUUAUUGUUAAUUUUUUUCUCUUUAAAAAUCUACACAAGAGUAUGAAAUCAUUGAUUUGUCUAUCAAAUAGAAAAACAUUAGUGUUAUUUUUUGUUUGAUGUUAAACUAGGUUUUAUUGAUUAAGACUUAUUUUGUUUUGAUAAAAGCUAAUUUUUUAAAAUGCAUAUAAGCAUAUAUUAGCAUCUCAGAACAUGUAUGAAUACCUAUCAUUUUAAUCAAAUGUAUUAAUAUAUUUAUUAGAUGUGAGUCCUUGGUUUUUAGAUGAUAUCGUAUCCUACGAUAGUUUGUCAACUUUUCAAAUAUCUGUUACUGUUGUUGAGAUUUGUUCAGAUAAAAAAAAAGGUGGUCAAGAUAUGUUUCCGAUAGUAAUGUUUGUACGUGUAUGUUUAACAUUAGUAGAACUAUAUCAUUUUUAAAGAAAAGCAAAGUUAACUUUAUUGUAUCUUGCCGAACAGUAUACAUGCAUUUAAUGUUUUUUUUUUAUGUCAAAAUUGCAGUUGGACGGGAGAUUAUGAAUGCCGUGAGUGACAGGUUUUGAAAUCGUAAAUGUUUUCUAUAUGAAGUUAAUAUUUUGGAUAAUGUAUUUAACAUGUGGUUAAUCAGUAUUUAUUGUUAACUUUGUGUCAUUUUAUGGCCCCCCCCCCCCCCCCCCCCCCCCCCCCCCCCCCCCCCCCCCCUAAUUGGGGAUUUGGUCUGUCUGUCUGUCUCUUUGUCCACAAAAACUUUAACCUUGACCAUAAUGUUUGAAUGGUUAGUGAUGUGAAUGACAUAUUUCACAUGUGUAUUCCUGGAACAAGACCUUUCUUUUGGUACCAUUUUUUUUUUUUGCCCUACUGAUCUUUACCUUUGGAGUUUGACCUACUUUUGAAAAAACUUUAACCUAAGCCAUAACUUUUGAAUGCUUAGUGAUAGGACUUUUACAUUUCACAUGUGUAUUCCUUGUGAUAUGACCUUUUGUUUGGCACCAGAAUUACUUGCUGCCGUAGAGGGCAUCAGUGUUUCACAAACACAUCUUGUUUAAGGUUAAUAACAAGUUAUGACAUUGGGUAACCACAUGUUUUUUAUAUUAUACAAAAUUUUCUUUUUGUCAGCAUGCCAGUAUGUUCAUUACACACACGCCUUGUAUUGUUUUUUUCCUCCUUUUUCUCUUAAAAUAUUUUCAUACUUCUCAUACCAGUGAUGUGUAAGUUUGCCAAUUAGCCAAAAAAUAUUUUUGUAAUAGCAUUGUUUUUAAAGGUUUAUGGGUUGCAUAAUAAUAUAAUCGGGUCUAUAUUUAUUUUUAAUGUAAAUUCUGUGUUUUGAUGUGAAUGCAUUGAUUUAAAGUUUACAACGGUUACGCAUGGAUUUGUGUGUUUCCAGAGCAAUAAUCGUACAUUUAAGGAGGUAUACUACACCAGAGAAAUUUGAUAUGGAUGAAAAGUGAAGGAUAUGUACAACAAUAUUUUGAAAUUGAAAACUUUCAAAUUUACUUUAUUUAGUCAAAAAAUGCAUUUUUAGUAGGAAGCAAUCUGGAAAAAAAUUAAAACCCCAGCUGGUCUCAUAUUUCAUCCAUGGUUUAAAAGGAAGUAAGCCAUUAUGAUGAUGUAGAGUACCUCCUUAAUUACAAAAUGGACACAAAGCUGGAGUAUCGGAUAGAGUUAUUCACAAGUUGGACACAAAACCAAACAAACCCGGUAGUUUUUUCCCCUCUGUUGGGGGUUUAUGUAUAUUUUUCUAAAUUCUCUGGCAGUAUAACCAUGGUAUCAUUUCUGUUGUAAAGAUCCCAUGUAGAUACUUACAGUCAAACCCCAUUAUCACAAACUCGAUAGAGCCGAUAAAAAACUUUGAGAUAUUUGAGGGUUUGUGAUAUUGAGGUUAAAAUACAUAAAGAGAAUGUAGUUGGGACUUCCAACUCACUUUGACAUAUUCAUGGUAUUCGAGAAAUCGAAGUUCAUCUGAUUCUGUGUUUAAUAGCAUAUACAGUGCAAUUGAAAUAUACAUAUUCCUUUCAUUUUUCACAUUUUUUAUUUUCUCAGCAAAAUCUAAAUGGCAUAUAGUAUGUAAAAAUUUCAGUUUCUAAAAUUUGAUGUUAUCAUUUCUGAAAUUCAUUAGUCAUGGAUUAAUGGAAUUCUAAUUUUUUUCAAAGCACAAAAGCAAAGAAAUAUUUCUGCUGAUUCAAGAUCUUUGAUUGUUGGUAAAUAUGUUUAGUUCAAGUUGUGAUGUAUGAUAAUUAAUGCAUAACAGGCUCUGGAGUCACGGUGCUGGUCUGUUGUCCUUUAUAUAAGGGGUAUCAGUUUGUAAAAAAACCAAACUAGUUCAGUAUAUAUGUGUGAAUGUAGACUCGGGACAAUCAGUUUUCUGCUACUUUGUAUGUGUAUAUAAACUACAGCAACUUUUCUUGUUUCAUUCCAAUAAUUUUUGUAAUAUAAUCUUUUUUUUUAAUUUUCAAAACUUGCAUCAGUGUUUUCUUUCAGAAGUGCUUGAAAUGUCAAAUACUGUAGUGAUUUAUCAUACGGAAAAUUUUUGAAAGUAUGUGAUCGAGUUUUUAAAAAAAGUAGGUCUUGUUAAAGAAAUGCAUGGUGUGGAAUCACAACAAAAUGCAGCGUUUAUUUUUGUCUUCUUUAUCAUAAAACAGACUGUAAAUGAGCUACAAUCUUUUGUUCUGUGACGAAAUAUUCUAGAAUUCAUUAUGUCUUCUUCUGUUGAGUUUUUUAAAAUGUAUUUUUACUAGAAAUCGAUGAUAGAUUGAUAAAUUUGGAGACUCUAUGUCAGGAAAAGUAACGGUGUUAUCGAUGAUUGAAAACAUAUUUUGCCAUGCUUUAUUGCUAUAGACAAGGUGCUAUAUGAGAGAUGUUUCACAGGUGUGUGUAAAAACACAUGGGUCAUUUUGUGUUGCACGGGAUGUAAUCACACGUGACUCAUAGUACGACACGGGAUGUAAUCACACGUGACUCAUUGUAUGACACGGGAUGUAAUCACACGUGACUCAUAGUACGACACGGGAUGUAAUCACACGUGACUCAUUGUGCGAUAGGGGAUGUUAUCACACGUGACUCAUUGUAUGACACGGGAUGUAAUCACACGUGACUCAUAGUACGACACGGGAUGUAAUCACACGUGACUCAUUGUGCGAUAGGGGAUGUUAUCACACGUGACUCAUUGUGCAACACGGGAUGUAAUCACACGCGACUCAUUGGUGAUUGCAUCAUCAGUCUCUUGACGCCAGACACGUGGCAUGUUUGGGAUGGAGGGGAGGGGGGGGGGGGGGGGGGGGUGCGGGCUUGGUCCCUCACUUUUUUGACAACUGAAGAUUUUCCGUUACUUAAACAUGCAAAGAUAGAUUUAUUGGCUGGUUGAACCCCUCCCCACCCCCAAUUGUGUCUUCGUAGCAGUGAGAGGUACUUGACAUGUAAGUUUAAAGAAAUUAGAUCUGUGCGCUGUAGUGAAGAAGUGACUUUCCCCAUUAUUCCUAACAAUUUUGAGGUUCAGUUGGGCAGAACUACCAUUCUAAGUUUUUGUUUUAUCAGCAAGUCAAGAAUUUUAGACAAUCGCUGGUGUGGAGUGAACUAUGGCUGCGCCCCCCCCCCCCCUAUUUUUUGGAGAGAAAAGAAAACAAUCGUACCUACUUGACGUUACAUAAAACCCACAUAUAUUGAAAACCUCGUAUCUACACUUUAUAGUAUUUACAUUUCGUAUAUAGGUGCGUGAUUUUCUUCGUCGAGCGCGUAUGAUUGCGUCCUGUGUGUGUGAGCGCGUAUGAUUGCGUCCUGUGUGUGUGAGCGCGUAUGAUUGCGUCCUGUGUGUGUCAGCAAUGUUGUCUUUUUCUUUCAGGUCGGUAUAAUAUAUUUAUUGAACUUUUCUUUUUGGAAUUUUUCUUUUGGGAACAGCCCGACACUAUCCGCACAUUAUCACAAAAUGGUUUUCUGUUAGAAUCACGGUCUUAAGUUUGAAAGCUUAUGAAAAUAUACUUCGCUCAUGAAAAUUCGCAUGUAAUAAAAUCCAUACUUUUAUGAUGUGGUGUAUCGAUUAUGUUUGUCAAUAGAUGAGGGGAAAAAAAAGAAAUAAUACAUUUAUCAACCUCAUUUAUUUAUUAGAUAUUUAGGCGUUUGAAGAAAAUGAAUUGAUACCUUUUUUUCAUUCAUAAAACCCAUUUUAGUCAUUGAGACCAAUGGCCCCUCAGUGACAAUGUUAUAAACAUUCCAGAUUGUGUGUUAGGAAUUUGAAGUAUAAUGUGAUUAUUUGGAUGGAGAGUGUUCGAAUAAUUUUUUUCAUGUGGCGGCGUUUAAAUAUAGUUUGAUACGAACAACGACUUUUCACCUGUUUAUUGUUGAUUUAUAGAUGCAUUUAUUAUUAUGUAAAUAAUAUGUUUAAAUAUAAAUUUGUUAAUACAAAUGAUAUGUACAAUAUCGGAUUAAUAUUUAAUAUUUGUGUGCUUGUUUUCUGUUCAAACAAGAGCUAUAUUAAUAAAUAUUUAACAAAUUUA